AUAAAAUAAAAUGGAAAUGGCGAAGGAGAACGGAGGAAAAGAGGCGGCGGUCGUUUUCGAAGGUUUCGACCUCCGCUUCGAGCUCGUGCCUUUGUCCUCCGCUCUCGCUUCUUUUUUUUUUUGUUUUUUACUUCUCUCCUUCUCCGGCAAGCAAGCAAUCGCAGUCGGCUAUGAGGGCUCGGAGGUAGGGUUCCACAGCGCCGGCUCUGGCCUCGAUGCUUUUAGCCUCGCUGAGAGAAGCUCUCGCCGCAUUUAGUGUUGAAGAUCAACAAGAGGAUCAUAUUCGUUUCCUUGGGAUAAGAUUUGGACAAAAGCAGGAAGCUCAGCAGGGUUCACAUGUUGCGCGUUAAGAAGCUGAUAAAUAGCUUGAGGCAAUUUUGAGAUUUCUGGAUGUACUCGACCAUGAAUUGUUGGGACCUCAAAUCACAGCAUGUUUGUCUGCAUGGUGAUUUCAUGCAUAGUUCAAGUAGGAUGAGCUCUGCAUUGUCUCAAUUUGUGUCCCCUAGAAAGAUGGUAAGAUAUGAACCAAAUCACCAGAUAAUCAUGUGGGAAAAUUCCUUAAAUGCUGACAACAGCCAAAAUACAGCAUCAUCAUCGAUGGUGGAGACCAAUGUCAAACUCGAUAGUAGGUUAGAAGAUGGUCCACAUACCACAGUACGACAAUCGAAAAAAUAUGACCAGGAAGCCAGGAAGCCUGCAGAUAAGGUAUCAAGACGACUGGCACAGAACAGAGAGGCUGCUCGAAAAAGUCGUCUAAGAAAAAAGGCUUAUGUUCAACAAUUGGAAUCAAGUCGUUUGAAACUAGCUCAGCUGGAGCAGGGGCUUGGUCGAGCUAGGCAGCAGGGUGCAUACGUAGGUGGGAGUUUAGGAGAAUCAACUCUUAGCCUAUCAGCCAGUGUUAACUCAGGUGUUACUGCAUUUGAGAUGGAAUAUUCACACUGGGUAGACGAACAGAGCCGACAAACCAAUGAACUUAGAGCUGCACUACAAGCACAUGUAUCCGAUAUAGAGCUUCGUAUGCUCGUUGAGACUGGAUUGAGUCACUAUGACAAUCUCUUUCGAAUUAAAGCAAUUGCUGCGAAAUCUGAUGUCUUCUAUCUUAUGUCUGGCAUGUGGAAGACAGCUGCUGAACGAUUUUUCCUAUGGAUUGGCGGUUUUCGCCCUUCAGAACUUCUGAAGGUUCUCUUACCACAGCUAGAUCCUCUGACCGAGCAGCAAAUGCACGCGGUAUAUAACUUGCAGCAAUCUUCUCAGCAAGCCGAGGAUGCUCUUUCGCAAGGGAUGGAGAAACUUCAACAAACUCUAGCUGAGAUUUUAGCAUCCGAUGCCUCUGGUUCCGAUGGUGUUGCGAAUUACAUGGGACAGAUGGUGAAUGCUAUGGGGAACCUGGAGGCUCUUGUAAAUUUCGUGAGCCAGGCGGAUAACCUUCGGCAACAAGCCUUGCAGCAGAUGUACAAGAUUCUCACAAUCCGACAAGCAGCAAGAGGUCUACUUGCCCUCGGCGACUACUACCAACGCCUUCGUGCCCUUAGCUCGCUGUGGGCUGCUCGUCCCCGCGAACCAGCUUAGUGUGAUCUAUCGAACCGGUUCAUUGUAACAGGUUUUCCCUGCCCUUCUGUCGCUGUGGGCUCGUCGAGCCUACCAUUUUGUAAACAUAAGGUAUUGACUAAUUUGAAACAUACAGACCAAGUAGCGUCAAUAUGUAAAUAUCUAUGGCAUCUCCAAGACAUUUGUCCUCAAAAUUGCUUUUUCAGGCAGCUGCUAAAUCGCUCCAAGAUCACCAUUUCUUUUA